CUUUGGGCAAGACCCCUCGAACGGUGGACGCUUUCCUCGAAACCGCCAAACUGCUCCCCUUCCAUUGCCCAUGUCUGCGUGGCCGCGACUCUGCAACCAUCAGCGGCAAUCAUCAAUUAUUGGAUCAUCUUACCCAAAAGGCCCCCCUUUCCUUCCCUUUUGGCACUGACCCGGUGUCUUGACCCUAGUCAGACUGUCAGACCCCCCCUCUCGCAGAUCACUCUUGAAGGCCUCCACUCCCCUCUCACUCCUCUCAGAGACUCUCCCUCACUCAAGGGUCACACGCUUCAACCUUCUGUGUCUUGACCACGCCACACACAUUCCUCCUUCGAGCUUCACGAAGCACUUCCAUGGCCUCAAGAGUAAGACUCGACGUUUUCGACCGAAACAUUCCGAUCGUGCGAGUUAUCCACGACGUCCGCUCCUUCUAGACUCGAGCUUUGAAUACUCACUCACUCACUCACUCACUCAAUCACUCGCAUUGCGCACUGUAACUCUCUUCGCCCAUUUCGACAUCCUGAGACUCAGCCUUGCAGCCCACGGCGGCCGAUCAAACGCGGAUAUUCACCCACAACCAGAAAACCGUCACCGCCUAACUUCAAGUGCUUGCUCGACAACAGUACUGACUACUCCGUACUUGACCCCCAUUCCCCGGGUCUGUCAAUUUCCACCACGGUCGACCAGCCGACUUGGCUUUUGCUCGCUGUCGUCACGUCGCCACGAAUCUUCACCAAGUCUUGAUCCACCCUCAAACGCCCGGUCGCUCGACCAUGCCAGCUUGACAAUCGCGCGGUCCGAACUCUUGCGUCGCACAUUCAGCCCUUUCUUCCUACCCUGGGACCCACAUUCCGUUCUCCCUCUCGUUCAACAACCGAAUCUUCUUCCUCUACUCCUUCGGCUUCGUCCCGUCUCAAGUAUCGAUCUUUCUCUCCUGGUCAUCACCAAGAGAAACACUGUCGAUUACUUCGCGGGCGAGUAACGACUUGUGUUUGCGGCAGGUCCGGGUUGCGUUAUCACACACUCAUUCACACGACAAUUGGUCCUUCGGCGACCAUCACCCUUCUUCUUCUCUUUUCCGACUCGACUGUGUCGGGAUUCAUCAAUACAACUUUGACAAUCGUCACCCUCGUCAUUUCACCGCCGCCCACUCCCCAAGAUGGGUUGCCUCACUCACCGCAAAAAGGUCAUUGACCAGCGUGCCGAGCAGAAAUGGGACUAUAUCAACCUCAACGACUUCAAGUCACGAGGAUGCCUCACUCCGUUCGCGUACUUUUACCUGUGGCUCAUGUUGAUCAUCUCCCUCGCCGUCUACGGCGUCGAUAUGUUCACUGCCAUCAACCUCCUGGCUUUCGACCGCUGGUCCUCCGAAAUCGACCCCGCCAUCGACUUCAAGAUCUCCAAGUGGAUCUUCUCCAUUUCCAUCAUCGCCUCCUUUGUCAAUCUCGCCUUUGAGCACUUCCGGGCGCACCGCGUUAUGAAGCGAGGAAACGUAGCGGAAUGCUACCUCGACACCAUUGCCGUUCGCCUCGAGAGUAUCCGGUUCGGAAAGGGCCAGGGUUGGAAGCGUUUCUUGGUCUUUGCCGAACUCACCAAGAGUAAGAAGGGAGCCGAGUAUAUUGCUCUGUUCACCUACUUCAGCUUUCAAUCCUGGAUUCGCGUACUGGUCUGUUCCGGACCUCGUCAGGUCGUCAACGCAUUGACUCUCAAGUCUGUCUACGACGCUAAGCUUGCUGUUCACGAAGUCUCCGUCGAGGGCUCUCUGCUGGGUUUCUUUGAUAAGAUUAAGACGCUUGCCACGGAGGAUUACCAGCAGGCUCUCAUCCUGUCGGGUAUGGUCUUCACCCUACUCAUUUGGGUCUUCUCCGCUCUCUACCUCAUCAUGGCUGUCCUCUUCUAUGUCUUCUUCCUCUUCCACUGGAUCCCCAAGGCCGACGGAGGUCUCUCGGGCUACUGCGAGCGCAAGGUCACCAAGGCCCUUAUGAAGAUUGUGACAGUCAAGGUCAACAAGGCAUUAGCGAGACAGGAGGAAAGCAAGAGGAAGGCAGAAAUGAAGGCGGCCAAGAAGAACGGCGAAAAGAUGCCCCUAGAGCGACAGGCCACUCUACCGACUCUACCCAAUGUCGGAGACCCAGAUAAAUUGGCCGAGAUGCCCAUGUUUGGCCGCAACGACACCUUUGCGACACUGCCCGCCUACGAGUCUCGUCCCGGAACCCCCGGCAGCAUCGAGCUCAACUCCAUGGACCAGAAACGCCCCCUGCCCUCGAGAAUGGGCACCACCACUUCCACGGCCAGCUACUCGUCGCGCGCACCUCUUGUUGGCGGCGCUGCCGACUUUGGAUACCAGCGCUCAGGUUCUCCGGCUCCUUCUCUGCCACCCAUGGACUUGAACAACUACCCUCCUCAGCGCCCUGGCACCUCCAACUCUCAGAGGAGCUUCCGGCCUCAAAUCUCUCACGUUCAAACCAAUUCACAGAGUUCUCUCCGUGGUGGUUUCACUGAGAGCCCCUCCACAUACUCUCCCGACACGAUGCCACCCUUCCCUCCGCCUGUGAGAUCCAACACUGGCCGAUCGGUAGAAAGCUUCAGAUCGCAAAGACAAAACACUUACCAGAGUGAUCGUGGCACGCCGGCGCCUAGAGGCACCUACGAUGACUACUCGAGCCAGUCGAAUGGACGGGCUAGCCCCGCGCCCUCAGCAUACUCAGGCCGCGCUCCUGCACCCAUGCCUCGUGGCCCCGGUCCGCUUAACAACACCCCGUACCAAGCGUACCAGCCUUUCAACCCGCAACGGAGUGCGACUGGCCCGGUUCCUCCGCGAGGCCCGCCGAACGCUCCCACGCGGAACAUGACGGCGCCCGUGCCCCCCCGGCCACAGGACGACUACUUCAACCGUCCCGGCACAUCACAGAGCCAGCGACCGAGCCCUCGCGGCCCGGGAUACGGCUACAACAACGAUGUAGAAUCUCAGAGAGAUCCGCGGUACUAGGGGUACCGUGCUCCUUUCUGAGGCUCUUAGAUCGCGUGCGCUUAUAGGGUUAUGCGGCUACGUCCCGCAAGUUCUUUUUUUCAUAAUGUCUUUAUGAUUCAAAAGGGGUGUCUACUUUUGCGCUGGGAACAAGCGCACAUUUCACGAAAGGCCUUUCUCGUCAUUUCCUCUUCGUCCUCGCCCAGCCCUCUCACACUUUCUUCCUACUCGGAGAACACAACAGUGUCGAGGCUGAGGUUGAGGCAGCUCCUCCGUCUUUUUACGACCAUCCUUUCGAUACCCCCCGAAACUUUUCGCUUCGUUCUCCGUUCGUCCAUGUACUACUAGGAAUUUCAGGGUCUACUGGCUACAGAAGUGCUCCAAGAGCCGCUAGAGAGAGGAAACCGCCAAAAUCCAAAUGUACUUUUAAAAACUCAAG